AUGACGAAGCUUAGCCUUACGCAAUCCGAUCCUCACCGACACUCGUUGCUUACAUCUGCACCUUUCAUUUCUCUCUUCCCUGGCUUGGAUUCCAAUGAGAAAGAUCACAACCUUGGAGAGCAAGGCAAGGAGGCAGGCCCUUCUAGGUUAAAAUUAGGGCAACAUGUGCUUCUAGAAUCCCUAAUCUACCAUUCGUUCAAUGGAAAAUGUCUGGAAACAAAAAUUAAUUCCGGGGUUCUGCGUAGGCUUCAGCAACCUCCUCCUACAUAUGUAGAAGUCAAGUCUGACAUCAUUUUGCUGGUGGUGACAGUAGUAUCUUCCAGUAGUAGAAAAAAGUAUAAAUCCCCCUGCACAGAUAUCAAUUCAGAUGAACUGGACUUGCUAGAGGUCAAUAUUGACCACACUGUUGUUUAUAGAUCAUCAUGCAAGUGA